AUGGAGAAAGGAAUCAGCUUAGACAACAAACGAUUGCCAGCAUUCACUGCUCGACGCCUGACGCAGACUACUUUCUUGAUCGUCGAAUGGGAUGACGUCUUCAAUGAACACCCAUUCAUCUAUGCCAAGGUAGUCCCAUCCGCUAAGACCAUCCUCAUCAUCGAUACAGGAUGCGGUGGGGCUACACAUAAUCCGGAGAUUGGUCUGAAGAGCUUAAGGGAGUUCAUCGAGACCGUCGAUGUUCCUGAUAACAACGGAAAGCCUCUCAAUGAAGGAGCGAAGAUGAAGUAUAUCGUGGUGGAGAGCCACUGCCAUUAUGAUCAUAUCCUUGGUGUGGAACCAUUCGCCACCGACAGCCCCAUUCUCGGCUCAAGCCACUCGCCUUCCUUCGUCUCUCCAGAGAACUUCCCUGCAAACUCGGAAUGCAAUGCUCAGGGCUUACGAACCCCGAUUUACGAGCUCACUUUGGUACCACACCUACAUGAGAUCACCUCAUCGUCAGGUUUAUCUAUGGGCCUCACAGUCUUGCAUACCCCCGGGCACACUCCUGACGAGCUUGCCUUGUGGGAUGCAGACGAGAAAAUGCUAUAUACCGGGGACACUCUAUAUGAAGAUGAUCCCAUCAUCUUUCCAACCGGGGGAUCUUUACCCGUGUGGUUCUCUACCAUCGAUCAACUCAUCGAGCUCGUGAAAACGCAACCCGACUCUGAAAAUGUGAUGAUCAACUGCGGGCACGCUACUGCUCUCCGUCCUGCACUUGAGGUGCUCAGGACGUGUAGGAAGUUCAUGGAAAAUGUUGUCUCUGGUAAAGAGCCGCUGAAGAGACGUUAUUUGCGUCGAGGGACUUGGUGUGUGGAGUUUAAAGAGGACAAGGGUAGAUUCUCUUUGAUUUGUCCUGAGAGGCUGGUGCUCGAAGCAAAGGGUGAGGUAGUAGCAUGA